UCGUUAUAUUGUUAACUAUUGAACCAAAAUUGACAUCCUUUGUAAAAUAAAUCUUCUUAUUCACCAAAUCAAAAUUCAAUCUUGUUUUUUCCGAUCUUUCAAGAAAAUAUCAAUUGGAGCAAGUGGGUAGGAUCUGUUGUUUAGAAGGGCAGAACCGACAUUGUACAUUUCUCACAAUUCGUAUAUUAUCCCCAAGGUCGUUGUCUCUCUUUAAUAUAUCAAUUGGCGCCACCGUGAGCUGCUUAAGACAGCGGCCUCAUCGUCCUCUUACCGAAACCGCGAUCGGAUUCAGCGGUUUCGGACCACUAAUCGGAGAAAUGGAGCUCCGAAGUAUCUGUAAUCCUCUGCGUCAUCUUUCUGUGCUCUCCAAUUGUUCCCAUCAAAUUAAAUCGUCCCGAAUUCGCAGCUUCUCAGUUCGGAGCUGCCGCUUAGACCCCAAUGAAUCACACAAGUUGCAGCUGGUUUUGGAAGUGAAGGAGAAGCUUGAGAAAGAUUAUCAGAGUCUUCCUGUAGGGAAAAAUGGAAGAGAUGAUGAAGAUAUGAUCCUAUGGUUUCUCAAGGACCGCAAGUUUUCAGUCAAAGAUGCUGUCGAAAGAUUGAAUAAAGCAAUCAAAUGGCGUCGAGAAUUCAGAGUGUCAGAAUUGUCUCAAGAUUCGGUGAAGGGUAUAGCCAAAACUGGAAAAGCUUAUGUACACGACUUUUUUGAUGUUAACGGCAGACCCGUUCUCAUAGUGGAUGUUUCUAAGCAUCUUCCUGCUGUGCAUGAUCCUGCUGAGAAUGAGAAGCUCUGCGUGUUUUUGAUUGAGAAGGCGUUGAGUGCCCUUCCAGAAGGGAGCAAAGAAAUACUAGGAAUCUUUGAUCUACGAGGGUUCGGUAGAGAAAAUGCAGAUUUAGAUUUCAUAACAUUUUUGUUUGAUGUUUUCUACUACUAUUAUCCAAAGCGAUUGGGCCAAGUCCUCUUCGUGGAAGCUCCAUUUAUAUUCAAGCCAAUUUGGCAGCUCGCCAAACCGUUGUUAAAAUCUUAUUCUUCGCUGGUGAGGUUUUGCUCCGUGGAGACCGUCAGAAAGGAGUAUUUUACAGAAGUGACGGUGCCUGCUAAAUUUAGAGACUGAGAAAUGUUACUCUCAAGUUUUGACUUGAUGCACUAUAGUUCAUUUUUUUUGUACAAAAAUAUAUGGCUUUCAAUAUAACAAAUUUCACUCGACAAGAAGUGUCGUGCUUUUGAGUUUCGGUAUUUAGCAAAAGCGUCGUGCCUUUGGCUAUGGAUAUUAUUUGUUUUGAGUUC